UACUAUAAAAAAACCUUUACAAGAAAGUACCAAUAAUAAUUUAACUGAAGACUCAAAUUCAGUUCAAGAUAUAGUACUUAAUAAGGAAGAUUCAUUGCAAGAAGAGUCAGAAAUUAGUAAUUAUUAA